GUAUCGCUCGUGAGUUGUAAUUAGUUCGUCUGUUUUUCGAAAGUGUUUUGAUAGAACCUGUAAAGAUGUCUAGUAAGGAAAUAAAGCAUAAGAAGUUGAAAAAACACUCGUCAAAGCAAAAUGUUACUGAUUGUAGUUAUAAAAAAGUUAAACGACAUAUUGCAAGUCCUUCAUCCGAUCAUAAAAAAACGUUUGCUUAUGAAGGGAAACUUCAUAAAAGCAUGGAAAAACUAAACGAAACUCCCUUGGAUCCUUCCAAAUAUCAUCUUAAUCGACAUGAAAAAAGACCCUGGGACAAUUUUAUCCGAGAAUUGCAUCAACUAACCAUCCAGAAUGAUAAAGCCGAUAUAUCGAAAAUCGUUGAUGAAAAAAGCGAAGACGAAAACACAUCCGAAGAGUAUGAUUCUUUCCUCAGUCGACAGGUUUCAACAAUCUUCAGUGAUGACGAUCUCGAUGCAUUACCCAUAAGCACUUCAAUGUGCUUCGAAGAGCGAUGUCCUCAGAGGGUUUUCGAAUACUUAGAGUCACUCGAUGUAUCAGGCUAUGAACUUCGCCCAUCCGAAUCCCACAGGGAACUUCUUCAGUCCGAUUAUUGUAAUGAACGUAAAGUACAAUCAGUGGAAUCCACGCAUUUCAACUUGGCUGUCUCCGAAUCGGAAUUAAUGUCAACAAGCAAGGAGCUGGUUUGCAAAUGUUCCAGCGAAAACAAGCCCCAUGAAUCGGACAAUUUUUCGAUCGACUCAAACGAAAAGUUUAUAGCUCGAACACUUCUCUUAGAUGGCGAAAGCAAUAUGUAUAGUUCCACGAUGCGAGACAGGUCACCAAUCAACGAGAACGGUGCUGGUUCGGAUGGAGAUCGGCCCGAGCAGGCUUUGCAGACUCGACCAAAUCAAACGUCUAUUGGUGUCACUUUGACACAGACAGUCCCGUUUGAUUUAUCAGAAUCGAAUGCAUCGCUGGAGGUUGUUGAAUCAUUCGAUGUCGGCACCGAUGAAAAGCAAUUAGACCAACAGAGUUCAACGUCAAUAUCAAUAGUGGCCGAGUUUUCGGAAGAAACGAUACGGGAGCAAAUUUCAGUGGAUGAAUCUGUUCGAACUAAAGAAAAAUGCUUCCCCGAAAUUCAGAAAGAAAAUGCCCAUAAUUCACUUCUGGAUACUAAGCUUCGUCCAGACGCAGGAGAGAGUCGACAAAAUUUACAGUUUCCUCCAAUGCCGCAAUUGCCAUUGUGUGAAGCGCAACCGACAGCGAACAAUCAACCGAAAUCGCAAAUCACAGAAAAGAAUGCCAAACUGAAAAAAGCAAAAAAUAGAAGCAAAUCAAAACCGCAGCAACAAGUAAUCGACGCUGGAUUUCCGUCGAAAAAAGUCCGUUCGCCGACUAACAAAAACACUUCAAAAAAGCUUCACAAAAAAGGGUUGGAACGAGAUCUGGUAGAACGAGAGAAUGAGACUUCCUUAUCACAAAAUACCGAAAACGACAUUAGAAGAAUUUUGUCGUACACAAUACAAGAAAUGGAUAGUCCGAAAAUUGCUAGAAACUGUGCGAAAUCUAUCAACAAAACAAAGAGGCCUAGUCCAGAACUUGACGUUGCUCAUUUGAUGCAGGUCAUCAAAUCGAGUAUUAGCGAAACACUGGCAUCUCUGUUGAAAAGAAAAACUCGAAGGACUCGUUCAGCGUGUGCAUGUCGAAAUCCGUGCCAUGUUAUCGUGAAAAGAAUAGUUCCAAAAUCUAAACCAACAGAGGAACGCGGAGUGCAGGUUGGCAGAAGAAAAAUGGUAGAAGUAGCUGUCAAUACUUCACCAGAAAUCCCACCUACGACGGAGGACCGCGGAGUGCAAUUUGAUAAAAUUACAAUGGUAGAAACAGCAACAAACACUUGUCUAGAGGAUAUGCCGCUUGAACAAGAGGCAGGUCCUUCGAAGACACCAUGCAAAGAGGUUAAGAGUGCCAACCAAAGAAAAAGGAAGCAAAGCACUGAACAGCAGCCGAAAACUGAAGCAAAGCCGAAGAGAACCAGAGCAGUAUCCACAAACCGGAAAACCGGAAAAGUAACAAUGGUAGACAUAGGAAUAAACACUUCCCUAGAAAAUAUAAAAAAAGCAAGGCCUCCUCAACAAGAGGCAGGCUCUUCAAAGACACCAGAGAUUAAGAAAACGAUCAGAAGAAAGAUUAGCACUGAACAGCAGAAAAAAGCCAGAGCAAAAGUCGCAGACCAAAAAGCCCAAAGUCCUAAGCCGCAGACAGAAAAUCCGGAACAGCGAAGGUCACACGAAAUUCAAUCAACAAUAACUCAAUGCCUCAGAAAACUCGAGGAAAGCAAAGCAAGCGCCGCCACAACGAAUGACGUUCAAUUUAUUCCGAUCACGGUUCCGGAAACUCCCCGCAGCUCACACCGGUACUUCCAACCAGUACACAACUUACGAAAAUUCGUAGUGUUGUCCCCUACUAGUAAUACUUGCAUUGACACGGCAGAUAAACUGCAAUUUGAAUAUCUGAAAGUACCCGCGGAUGGAUAUCGAAUCACACCGAUAAUUUGCACACCCUCUUUGAAUGCUUCUCUCUGGUCGAUACCAGAAUCAGACUACGGCGUUUCGAACAACCGAGCGUGCGCUGCAUCCGAUCAUGAUGUAGAAUCAACGAAUGUAUUUUUCGAUAGAAUCGACCGACUACGUCUGAGUGAUGUAGAUCAUUCCUCAAGCGAAAUUGUUCCGAAUAGUCAGCAAUCAACAACAACGCCGACGGUGACGAGAUUAACUAGAGAAUGUAAACAGCGAGUACGUCCCUAUCCGCAAUACCCAAAGAUUCAACCACCACUCACUAGAAGCCGAACGCUCAAAACACUCCAACCGAUAGAAUCGCACGACUCCGAGCGGGCUCUGCUGGAUCCGAUUAUGAUUGCACCUCUGAACGAUCCAGACAUCUACAUCGAAGAACACCUAGAAUACAUAGGGAAACGUUUCAACAAAAACCAUGAGAACCGAACGCUACCCACUUUGGAAGAGAUGUACGGUCGGCCAAUGGUGCUAACAACAAGGGAUAUAGAGUGGAAGAAACUUUUGCACAUGGGCGACGAAAAUAUAGAUGAAUGCUCGAAAGUGGAUGCUGAGAAGAUAAGGAGACCUGAAAGCAACGCAAUAUGUCGAGUUUCUUGGCCUUUUUGCAGCAGUGUAAAAAGUUCACAAGAACCCGAAUCGUUCUCACCAAACCUUUCACCAGUCUCUUCAAAAUAACAUUGUUAGAACUAAGUAGUUUUUUUUUAUUUUUUAGACCACAGAACCUGCUUUCGUGAUUGAAUUGUUCAAAUAUGUUUUUUUAAUCGAUUUUAGUUUUUUUUUUAAUUUUAUAUAUUAAAAUAUUUUUGGAGUGUAUUUUUUCGAGUAUCAAACCAAAAAUUCAAUCCGCCAUUGAAAAAUGGAAAUACAGAUUACAGAUUUGUUACACAGCUACGAUAUAUUGGUACUAAUCAACUUGAUUUUGUUCGUGUAUGGAAACGCCUAGUGGCCUGUUCAAGUAGUAGUAGUGAGUAAUAUUGUUAAAUUAUAGAGGCUCUAAACAUUU